CAUUCAUUACAAUAACGUAAACAAUGAUGACGGGAAACUUUUGAAAAUGGAAGGCGAGAAUACUAGGGAAUACUUUGUGGAGCUCUUGGAUGUAGACCCAGAUGACAGGGAAGCUUCUAUCUGCAGCGGCAGUCAACGCUCAGGCAGCACUGCGCCCCCUGCUAAGCGCGCAAAGGUGGACCACAAGUCGGAGCUUGUGGAGAUAGCUCGAGAAAGGCUGGAGGAGCAGCGAGCGCAGACAGAAAUAUUGUCGAGAAUGGCAGACAGCCAAGCUAAAUUCCAAUCGGAUUUGUUGGAGCUGUUGAGGAAAACAACGAAUUCCAAAAAAUUUAGAAUAAAUAGACCUAAAUAAUAAUUAAUAA